CUGAUAACUGAUUUAGGAAAUAUUAAAAGAAGAUUGUAUUUAUCAACAGUCCACAAGGAGUUGUCUGUAACGCCUCUGCAUGCAAAAAUUCCUCUUUUUAUGAUCAAACGCAAAAUAUGGUGCAAUAUGUGCAUUGACUUGGUAGCAUUCACCAGUGAAAUAUUCAGAGGAGCUGUCUUCCAGUCUUUGGAUGGAAUUAUUAUUUCAGCAAACUGUAAGCUAAGAAAGAUCUUCACUUUAAAAACCAAGCCUCAAGAUACAGCUGAGGAAGGUGAUGUGUUUGUUGUUCCACCUGCACCUGACAAGCCCACAGAUGGUAUUCCUCGAAACUGCCAGUUAAACACAGAUGUGCCGCAAGUUACACAAUUGCUGAACUUGACUGAAAUUCAGAAGUCAGAGAUAAAGUGUCGGAGCCAUCCCAUAACAGUGCAAGAAACAGGUCCUCUGAUUAAUAGAAAACAAGGCAAUAUACGGAGCAGGAAAACUCAGGAUGUGUCACACAUUGCGUUUGGAUCAAAGAUCCUUGGACCUCCCCCAUCUUCAACCAGAAGAAUCAGUACUAGAGUAUCCGGAGAGGUAACAAAGUCUAUGGGCAGACAAACUAAUAAAUCCCGCCAACUUCGAAGUUUAGAAAAGGGAAAUGAAGUUCUUCAGGACACUGAGAGGCAAGAACUAUCAUUCUCCCCGUGCAAUGAAUCUCUAGAUCAAGGAGGCAAAAGAAAUGCUCAUCAAACUGAAGGUGUACAUCAAAAUGACCCUUCAAAUCAGACCCAGAAAACCUCUGAUAGUGGAGCAGCAGAGCCUCAGCUUUCUCUGCCACAAGCACCAAUAGACAAGAACAGUCCUGGAAGAUUAUGUCUAAAUAAUGCUGCCAAAACCACAUGGGAGAUAACCAAUGAUGAAUGGGUGUUUCCUGAAAUGGUCAGUGAGACUUUUCAUUCGGGUAAGAGUGGGCAGUUUGUAUCUACUCAAGAUUCAGCCUGCCACAGUUUAACUUCACUGCAAAAUGCCACUACUGAACCUCAAAGCAAUGAAACAGGUGAUGACCAAGUGGCUCACAAAGAGAUUUUCAUAUUUUCAUCAAGACCUCGGUCAGCUCGUCAUGGAAGGUCUCCCAAUAUGUCACCAGAAGGUUGUGUUUUCCCUUCAGAUUUGAAGCAAGACAGUAACCAGGCACAAAGAACCCAAAUUGAAGAUAGCUUUCAAGGAACUGACAGCAGUGAGGAGGGUGACAACAGUGAAUUAAUCCAGGGGACUGAACACCUUGAGAGCAGCCACAGCAGGCAAGGAACAUGUGAUCCUGGAGUUUUUGAAGAGAACCCAUUAAAGAGAAUAUCCUGGAGAAAUGAAUAUGGGAAGAAAAUGCAACACAGGAAACACAACCUCAAGGAAACCAUAUUGUCAAAAUCACAGUGUUCUGCUAUGAGAAAAACAGAUUCUGCUGCCUCUGAAAGAAGCUUAAUGCCUACCCCUUGCCUUUCUCCAACUGGAAGUAAAACAGAAUUCUUUAGAGUAAUUCCAAGUGCAUUUGAAAAACCUGAAAUAUCUGAAGGAGUGGAUGGUCAUUUAAAAUCAUCAGUGAAUAAAAAGUCCAUGAAGAUCUCAAAAGAAAAUUCAUGUGUGACAACAGAGGCUUGUGAGUAUGAUUGGAAAAACUACCAGUCGAGUAGACUAAGUACAUCUGAACUGCAGAUGUUGGCUAGCAUGACAAGACAACACCAUGAAGAAUUUGGGGAUACUGAGAUCUCGCACGGCUUAAGCGCGUCCCAGAUAGAUGACUGCAACAUUAGCAUAAGCACAAGCAGCGAUGAUACAGCAACCUGGCAUUCUUCUUUCCCUCCACCUGUCAGUCAAGAGCAUCACUAUCAGAAAGAAAUGAGCCCACUUUCUCAUUCCAACCCACGAGACUGGUUGAAUGUGUUCAGUCCCCCCAUCGUUCCUGCAAGCCAACAUCUAGAAGAGCAAUCUUCAGCAAAACAGAGUAUUCCAGGUGACGAGGACUGCAAUGCUGAAGAAGAUGAGGAAGUCUUGACUCUUUUGUAUGAUCCAUGUCUGAACUGUUACUUUGAUCCAAACACUGGGAAGUACUAUGAACUGGCAUAGCCAAAGCAGGAGGAUAUUAUUUUGUAUUCAGAAUAUGUUUGCCUUUUAACUGUUUGUAAAGUGUGACAGAGCUGUGUAAUUUAUCAUGUAAUUUAAAACUUGAAUUAACCAAUAGUUUUGUAAACAAAUAUAGUUUGUAAAUAAUGUGUCUUAUUUUUAUAGUUUUGUAUUAAGUUGUAGUGCAGUGGAAAAUCACAUAACAAAUGUUCCUUGUGGUUAAGACAUUUAUUUGUUUGUCUAAUUUAUUUCCAAUAUUCAAAGGUUCUGUAUGAGAACAAAUUAAGUCAAAGAGCUUUUGCAGUGUUCAUCUGUAAAUGAUGACAUGACUCAAAUCUGUUUUUUACCUUGCUUACUGUAUACUUUAAUUGAUUCCAAGCC